AUGAAUGCUGAUUUACUUUAUUCAUUGUCUAUCUGCAAGGUUGGACAUAAUAGUAGAACUUGCCCUGAAAAAUCAACUGGAGCAGCAGCUGAAGAAGAAGGAAUUGAUGAGGAUGAAGCUAGAGAGCAAGAAACUAACUGGGAGGAGACCAUGGAGGCUGCACAUGCUGCACAUGUUGCAGAUGAAGAAGACCUCACUCAAAACCACUCAAAAAGUCAGCUUGAUGAGAACACUGAGCUUGAUGUGUCUAUUACAACAACUACUACACCCCCUAAUGCAGCCACUACACCAGCAACCAGCUCAGAACCAGCACCUCCAGUGGCAGCAAGGCCACUAGCACCAACAUCACCAAUACCACCAACAAGAGGAAGGGGCAGGACCACUCGAAGAGGAACAACAGCAAGCUCAACAACACCUCCCACUCCCACACAAAAUGUUGCAGUUGCACCACCACCCCCUGCUCAACCUAGGGUUGUCAGGCAUGCUGCUGGGUCUAAAUCUCAGAUCCCACCCUCACCAACCAAUGCUGCAGGACCAAGUAGUGGGCCUGGGUCAAUGCCACAAGGUCCAUUGGUUAGGCCCACUCUUCAAGCCCAACCUUCAGCCACAUCUAGGCCACCAAGUGUGACUAGGAAAACCAUGGCAGCAGCGAGCCCAACCACACAGAGCAGGUUCACAGGCUUCAUGCCCACCCCAUCCUUGAAGAAGAAAAAGCAAUCUGGACCACAACUAUCAAAGCCUUCAGCAAGCAACAAGAAGUGA